AUGGAUGGGGGACAACUUCAGCAAACUCCAAACUAUAACGAUAUCACUAAGGAAAAAGAAAGAGCUCUGAAGCAAGUCUGGACCUACUUGUUGCAUUCCUGGAACGUUGAAGUAGAUGGGACAAAGGCUUUCAAAGAAGAAGAGAAAGAAAAAAGGGUGGAUGACAACAAGAAGAAAUCUUCUUCUAUUUUUGGUAGAUGGUCUAGUUCUUCCACACAAUUACAAAAGGAUGAUUCUGACAAUAGCACUGCUGGGAAAUAUUGUAAAGGGAUGGUUCAUCCCUCGAUGGCAGAAUUAGACUCAACUCACUCUGAGAAUGAAUUUUGGAAUAUGCUUAGAGUAGAUCAUCCAGAUUCCAUGAUAUAUAGAUUUUCCAGAGCAAGAAAAUAUGACUCUUCAAAGGCAACAAGGAUGCUGGCUCAUACUUUAAAGUUCCGUGAAAAACAUCAAUUGAACGCCUUACUUAAUGGCGGUGAAUAUAGUGCAUUUAAGGAUGGCGGUAAAGAACCUGGAUUAAUCAAAAAUUUGGAACUACAAAAAGCUAUUAUUUUUGGAUACGACGUCCAGAAUAGACCGUACAUCAUUGUCAGACCUAGAUAUCACUAUUCUUCGGAUCAAACAGAGGCUGAACUGGAAAAAUUUGCACUUUUGGUUAUAGAACUUUCAAGACUCUUCAUGAAAUUGGACUCAAUCUCGAUUUUGUUCGAUUUAACUGGAUUCAGUCUGUCCAAUAUGGAUUAUGCUCCUGUCAAGUUUCUAAUUACUUGUUUUGAAGCGCAUUAUCCCGAAUGUUUAGGCCAUUUAUAUAUACACAAGGCGCCAUGGUUAUUCAAUCCAGUUUGGAAUAUUAUAAAAAAUUGGUUAGAUCCAGUGGUUGCCUCAAAAAUUGUUUUCACGAAAAACAUCAAUGAGCUUAGUAAAUAUAUCAAUACUGAGCAACUUCCAAGAUAUUUAGAUGGUGAAAAAGAAUUUGAUUUUGAAAAUUACAUUGCUCCAGAUGGCUCCUUUGAUUCAAAGCUCAAUGACCUAACGACUCGUGAUAAUGUUAUCACUAAAAGAAAACAAAUCAUCGAGGAAUACAAACUAUUGACAGUACAAUGGAUUGAAAGUGAAAAUGAUGAAAGCUCUAAGAGAUUCUGGCAAGAAAGGAUAACUUUGGGCGAAAAGCUGUAUCAAAAUUAUUCAGAAUUGGACCCUUACAUCAGAUCAAGAUCUACUUACGAUAUUAAUGGCUCUCUGAAAGUUUAG